GGUUAUGACCAGCUGAAGUCUGCCUUCAUCAUGGGGAGAUGCCUGCUUUUUAUCGUUCUUUUGGGUUCUUUUCAAGAGGUGCAAGUCAAACAAGCUCUUCCUCAGGCUAAACUAACAGUGGAUUCAUCAAUAAUCACAGAAACAGAUUCAGUCACAUUACGCUGUCAGGCUCCAGAUCAUUUUUCUGUGAAUCAGUGUUAUUUCCAUGUGAAUGGAGGAACUCUGACACCUUUCCCCUGCAUGAAGACAUUAACAGGAACUGAGCUGCUGUCCAUGGCAAAGCAAAAUUCAUCGUCUGUGGUUGAAGUGAGAUGUUUUUAUAUUGUGAAGUACGAGGACAGAAAUUCUCCAUCUCCUGACAGUGAUCUGGCUCAUAUUACUAUAGGUCUAAAACCACAGCUGAGAGUAUACUAUCUUAAAGGUGUACACGCUCUUUUCUUUUGCUAUCUGCCUGGAUUGGUGAAAAACACCACGUGUAACCUGUACUUUGGAGAAUCAAACCAUCCAACUGAAACAAUAACGACAUGGAACAAGACGAGCUCAGAAACCCAUCAGUUCUGUCGGAUUGUCAUUAAAGAAAAUGAAUUAGUGAAGCAUCUACGUUUGGUUCAACAGAAGGAAGCCAGCUGCGAUUAUAGGUUGAAAGAUGACAGGAAAACUUUGUCACCUCGUAGUGAUCCAUACAGCUUCACUGAUGGAAAAGUAACUGAUAUCAGGACGAGACCAACAAGAUCUACAACGACCACCGGCUCAGCGAACUCAGUGUUUUCCACCAAUGUGGCGGACAUUACAGAAAAAGCAGGAAAUCAUGAACCUACGGGCAAAAAUCUGGACACGAAGACUUUAAUAAUCACGACAGCUGUGGGAGGAGUGAUUGUGAUCUUCAUCUUGGUGGUGGCAGCGUGUUUCAGAGCCAAAAGGAGAACUGAAAAUGGAUCACACGAGAGAAAACAAACCAACAUUACAGGAAUCAUGUUAAUGCCUGUUGAAGAUCAGUCUGUACAGAUGACUGAUAACACAGAGAUGUUACAUAAUGAUGCCAUCUACAGCAUGAUCACACCUGUACCUGCUGCCGACUCGUUUACAGAUUCUGAACAAUUCGCCGUUGAAGAUUCUUCAGCUGAAGACUCUGACGUCAACAGCCUGUACUGCAGCAUCCCUGAUUUACCUCCUCCAUCAUCUGCGGGUUACAGGGUGUAGAGUGGUGAACUCCGGCCCCAAAGGGCCCGAGUUCUGCGACUUUUGGACGUCUCUGCUUCAUCACACCUGGCUCUGUCAUCAGCAGAG